CCCUACAAGGAAAGCGCUGGGCAGCCGGAGCGCGAGAGUCCGCGGCCGCCGCAGCCGCCAGGCGCAGAAGGCCAGACCAGCAGCGACGGAGAGGAGGGCGGCGGCGAACCGGGCGCUGGCGGAGGAGCGACCGGAGCCGCGGGCGGCGGCGGGAGGCGAGACUUCGUGGAGGCCCCCCCGCCCAAGGUGAACCCGUGGACUAAGAACGCGCUGCCGCCGGCCCUGGCCACGGUGAACGGACAGUCCCCGCCAGGCUGUGUGACAGCUGAGAAGGUGCCAGCCUUUUCACAGACUCUACCCCCAGGCUGGCCAAGAGGGACGGGCACAGAACCUUCUGCUCCAGCCAAGGUGGUGAGAGCCGCAAUUCCUAAACAGCGCAAAGGCAGCAAGGUUGGUGAUUUUGGAGAUGCAAUCAACUGGCCCACACCGGGAGAGAUAGCUCACAAGAGUGUGCAGCCACAAUCCCACAAGUCUCAGCCUGCCCGUAAGCCACCGCCCAAGAAGGACAUGAAGGAACAGGAGAAAGGAGAAGGGAGCGACAGUAAGGACAGCCCCAAAACCAAGUCAGACGAAUCGGGGGAGGAAAAGAAUGGAGAUGAGGACUGCCAGCGAGGAGGGCAGAAGAAGAAAGGGAACAAACACAAAUGGGUUCCAUUGCAAAUAGACAUGAAGCCUGAAGUGCCCAGGGAGAAACUGGCCUCACGUCCCUCUCGCCCACCAGAGCCUCGACACACACCUGCCAGCCGUGGGGAGCUCAAAGGGUCUGAGCCUGCCACCUUCGUGCCCGUGCCUGUGGCCCCCCCCACCCCAGCCUGGCAACCAGAGACCAAACCGGAGCCUGCCUGGCACGACCAGGAUGAGACAUCGAGUGUGAAGAGUGAUGGGGCUGGUGGGGCGCGGGCUUCCUUCCGUGGCCGUGGACGGGGGCGUGGUCGCGGCCGGGGACGCGGCCGGGGUGGCACUCGAACUCACUUCGACUACCAGUUCGGCUACCGCAAGUUUGACUCUACAGAGGGGCCUCGCACUCCCAAGUACAUGAACAACAUCACCUACUACUUUGACAAUGUCAGCAGUACCGAACUUUACAGCGUGGACCAGGAGCUGCUCAAAGACUAUAUCAAGCGCCAGAUUGAAUACUACUUCAGCGUGGACAAUUUAGAGCGAGACUUCUUCCUGCGACGAAAAAUGGAUGCCAGCGGUUUCCUUCCCAUCACCCUUAUUGCCUCCUUCCACCGAGUGCAGGCCCUCACCACUGACAUUUCACUCAUCUUUGCGGCCCUCAAGGACAGCAAGGUGGUGGAGAUAGUGGAUGAGAAGGUUCGAAGAAGGGAGGAGCCUGAGAAAUGGCCUCUCCCUGGUCCCCCAAUAGUGGACUAUUCCCAGACGGAUUUCUCUCAGCUCCUCAACUGUCCCGAGUUUGUGCCUCGCCAGCACUACCAGAAGGAGACAGAGUCAGCCCCUGGUUCUCCCCGGGCAGUCACCCCAGUGCCAAUCAAAACGGAAGAGGUCAGCAACCUAAAGACACUGCCCAAGGGUCUGUCUGCCAGUCUUCCUGACCUGGAUUCUGAGAACUGGAUCGAAGUGAAGAAGAGACCUCGUCCCUCCCCUGCACGACCCAAGAAGCCAGAAGAGCCCAGGUUUCUCCACCAGACCUCUCUGCCCCCCCAGCUGCCCUCUCAGCAGCUGAUGCCCAAGGAUCAGGAUGAACAAGAGGAACUGGAUUUCCUGUUUGAUGAGGAGAUGGAACAGAUGGAUGGGCGGAAGAACACAUUCACUGCCUGGUCUGACGAGGACUCAGACUAUGAGAUUGAUGACCGGGAUGUCAACAAGAUCCUCAUUGUCACCCAGACUCCGCCUUACAUGCGCCGGCACCCAGGAGGGGACCGUACAGGCAACCACACCUCACGUGCCAAGAUGAGCGCUGAGCUGGCCAAGGUCAUUAAUGAUGGGCUCUUCUACUAUGAGCAGGACCUGUGGACCGAGAAGUUUGAACCUGAGUAUUCCCAGAUCAAGCAAGAAGUCGAGAACUUCAAGAAAGUCAACAUGAUCAGCCGGGAGCAGUUUGACACUCUGACUCCUGAGCCCCCUGUGGAUCCCAAUCAGGAGGUUCCCCCUGGGCCACCCCGGUUUCAGCAAGUUCCCACUGAUGCCCUGGCCAACAAGUUGUUUGGUGCUCCCGAGCCCUCCUCCAUCGCCCGCUCUCUACCAACCACUGUCCCAGAGUCGCCAAACUACCGAAACGCCAGGACUCCCCGGACUCCCCGCACACCACAGCUCAAAGACUCCAGCCAGACAUCGCGGUUUUAUCCCGUGGUAAAGGAAGGACGGACAAUAGAUGCCAAGAUGCCUCGGAAAAGGAAGACAAGACACAGCUCGAACCCUCCCUUGGAGAGUCAUGUGGGCUGGGUGAUGGAUUCUCGGGAGCACAGGCCAAGAACUGCCUCCAUCAGCUCCAGCCCCUCAGAAGGGACACCUGCAGUUGGCAGCUAUGGCUGUACCCCCCAGUCACUGCCCAAGUUCCAGCAUCCUUCCCAUGAACUGCUCAAGGAAAACGGCUUCACACAACACGUCUACCAUAAGUAUCGUAGGCGCUGCCUUAAUGAGCGGAAACGUUUGGGCAUUGGCCAAUCUCAGGAGAUGAACACUCUCUUCCGCUUCUGGUCCUUCUUCCUCCGCGAUCACUUCAACAAGAAGAUGUAUGAGGAGUUCAAGCAACUGGCUCUGGAGGAUGCCAGAGAAGGCUACAGGUACGGGCUGGAGUGCCUUUUCCGAUACUACAGUUACGGCCUGGAAAAGAAGUUCCGUUUGGACAUCUUCAAAGAUUUCCAGGAGGAGACCGUGAAGGACUACGAAGCUGGACAACUCUAUGGGCUGGAGAAGUUCUGGGCCUUCUUGAAAUAUUCCAAAGCCAAAAACUUGGAUAUUGACCCCAAACUGCAAGAAUACCUCGGCAAAUUCCGACGCCUUGAAGACUUCCGAGUGGAUCCCCCUAUGGGUGAGGAGGGCAACCACAAGCGACACCCAGUGGCAGCAGGAGGUGGCAGCGGUGAGGGCAGAAAGCGGUGCCCUUCCCAGUCUUCCAGCAGGACCACCACCAUGAUCAGCCAACCGCCCACGCCCCCCACAGGCCAGCCCAUCCGGGAAGAUGCCAAAUGGACAAGCCAGCCUUCAGACACACAGACUUUGGGAAAGUGAACUGCCCUGUCGCCCUGGGGUGAGGGAGAAGGGGGUGGGGUGGGUUAGAUGAGAUGCCAUGCAGGGGUGCCCGGUCCCAGGAGAGGAGACUUCAAAGGGACAGGCCUAGAGUUCUUGGGACAGGCUCUUGUGCUGAGGAGUGGUGUACACACCAUGUGGUCUAUCAAGAGGCACCCCUCUGGGCAGGAGCUUCCACAUAUCCCCUCCCUAUCCUCUCUCCAUGACUCUUCAUAUCCUAGCUUCUUCGUGGG